CCAUGGGGUCAAUCUUUUCUGCUCACCAAUAAAUAUAUCACGUAUCAUAUCAUAGGCCUUCGCUUCUGUUUUUCCAUGCCAGUCUCCUCUAUUUUUAUAUCAUUUCCUUCUCCUACUCUGUUCUCACUGCUUAAGUGUUUGCUUCACUUCUGUUCCUCCUGCGAGACAUGACUUUUUGCUGGCGACUCAGAUCAUCUUUUUAAUCCAAAACUGAAGGGAGAUGGUAACUGAUUAAGACAAGUAAACAAGAAAAGAUGCAAGCUCGGAUCAAUGUUUUUUCGACUACACAAACAGAGUUUCCGGUUGUCAAGGCAUACAUGCAGAGGCAGUGGAGGAUCAGUAUCGUGUACUAUAAAUAUAGUCUGCAAUCAAUGUCGUGAUCGCCUCGUUCAAGUCUCCCGUGGUAGGUUGUCAUGUCCUAUCAAACGAGCUAAGGAAUGAGCUCCAAAGACGACAGACAGCAUAAGUGGAUGGUCUGAGGUUUACACACAAAAGAGAGCAUAAACUAGGGUCAUCCCGAGGCUUGUUCAGCUUAUUCAGGCUUUUAGAACACCAGCAAGGCAGCAAGAACUGUGUAUAUAUAAUCACGAUUUGUUAUUGAAAUUGAGAAGGGAAAAAAAACAUGACAGACAUGAUUUGAAUCUUCCUUUUUGGGCCCUCCGCCAUCGAAUUCGGUCCCACGGUGCGGUCGUUUUGUGAACAGAAUUAUGAUUCGUAAUUCACUCGAAAAUCCUUGUUUUCCAUAUUCCACGCUCACGCUGCGUCUCUCACAGUCAGCGAGCAUGCCCUAUUAGUCCGAGUUAAACUCCCCAUGCAAGCGACCAAAGGGGCAAUACUGCACCCCAAGUGUCGCCUUCUCCCUGCCGGCUGCCUCUCUCUUUCCUUUCGCCUCGCUAGUCGCCGCCCCCAAAAGCUCGCUGCGGGACUUCCCUUCCCCUCUCCAAUAUCUCCGCCUCAGGCUGCCGAGACUGAGAGGCAAUGGUCGUCCCGUGCCACCGGCGCCGCCGCCUCUCCGCCGUCUUUGCCUUUUUCGUCCUGGCUGCCGCACUCGGUGAGAGAGUAAUGAGAUCCAUUUCCGAUAGCUUGCCUAUGCUUUAUUGGCCCUUUUUCUGCCUACUCUACUGAGCUGCUCAGCUUAAAAAUCCGAACUUGUGUUCGAGCUCGUACUCAAAACCUCUCUUCUUCUCGCGUUUGAGUGCUUUCUGCCACUUGUUCUUCUGACCGCUCCGCCUUGUGGUCCAUGGAUUUCUACUGAAGAACCCAUCUCUCCUUGAGACUUCCCCAGAGGGGAAAUGAUUGCUACACCCGUCGCCGUGUCGCCCAAAAGAGGAAAAAAAAGUAGUGCUUUAGCUGGAAUUCUUGAGGAAGCUGGAGAGGCUCGGCUGCGGCCUUGGAACAGGGAGCUCAUCUCGGUGGCUCGCCGGAGAUUACUCGUCGGCCCCGGCUCGUGGCCGCCGACCUGCAGGGCUCGGUGCGGCCGCUGCCGCCCCUGCGUGCCGGUGCACGUCGCCAUCCAGCCCAGCCGCAACGUGCUGCUCGAGUACUACCCCGAGGCAUGGCGAUGCAAAUGCGGCAACAAGCUCUUCAUGCCAUGAGAAGAAACCAACAGCAACGGAAGACCAUUUUUCGGGUAGCAAGAAGAUUGAACAAGCUGCUACAGCAGCAGCUCCUUUGUAAACAUUAUUUGUACAAAAGAUUUCUACGCAACCGCUAAAUUAUCUACUUAA